AUGAAAAGGAAUGCAGAAAAAGAAGAUGGAGAAGCUUCCUCCUCUCCAAGUGGUGGAGAUGAUGAAGACGACGAAGAUGAACAUCAUGUGAAAAAGAACUCGAGGCGAGAUUGCAGCAAGCCUCUUUCUGAGCUUAAAAAGAAGUAUGAAAAACAACCAGAUUAUGUAGCUGAAACGGGCGGCACAUUACAUCAACAUCAAUUGGAAGGAUUAAAUUGGUUACGUCAUUGUUGGGCUAACAAAAAGGAUGCAAUCUUGGCGGAUGAAAUGGGGCUGGGGAAGACAAUACAGACUCUCGUUUUCCUUUAUUCCCUUGUCAAAGAAGGAUACACCAAUGGUCCGUUUCUCAUUUCUGCUCCUCUUUCUACACUGAUUAAUUGGGAGAGAGAAGCUGAAUUUUGGACACCCGAUCUCUAUGUUGUUACUUAUAUUGGAAAUAAGCAAAGUCGUGAAGUUAUUCGGUUAGUUUUUUGUCUUUUAUUACAAAUCAAAGCUUAA